GCUUUGAAGUGCCAUUGUGAUGUUGUAUCUGUAGAUUUUUAAAACAGAAGAGCAAUCUUUGUGCCUGAAAAAUCAUGUUCAGAUGCAUCCUGAAGACGCUGAGGUUCCUGGCAUUAUCUGUGUAUAUACUCUUCAAAAGUUUCAUCCAAUGCAUAUUUCCUCCAUGCAAGAAGUCUUUUGCUGGGGAAAUAGUGCUUAUUACUGGAGCUGCAAAUGGGAUUGGAAGGCAGAUUGCCCUACAUUUUGCUCCUCUGGAAGCAACCUUGGUUCUUUGGGACAUUGAUGAAGAAGGUAACAGAGAAACAACCAGAUUAGCCAAAGAAAAUGGAGCUAAGCAAGUGUUUGCCUACUACUGUGACUGCAGCAAUAGGGAGGAGGUCUAUGAACAGGCAGAAAAGGUUAGAAGAGAAGUUGGGGAUGUUACUAUCCUAAUCAAUGAUGCUGGCAUACUGCACACCACAAAGUUUCUUGACACUCCAGAUGAUGUUUUUGAAAAAACCUUGAAAGUCAACUUCCUGUCUCAAGCUUGGACUUGCAAGGCCUUUCUUCCUGCCAUGAUCGCCUGCAAUCAUGGACACCUGGUCACCAUGGCUAGUGCAGCAGGGCUCUUGGGAACCUACAGAUUGGCAGAUUAUUCUUCUAGUAAAUUUGCAAUCAUUGGAAUGAUGGAAGCCAUUGAUUCAGAACUGGAUGAGGCAGGAAUACAUGGCAUUAAAACUACAAUUGUUUGCCCCUUUUUUGUGAAUACCGAAUUAAUUAGAGGUAUUGAAACUGAGCACCCAAUUUUACUUCCUAUUUACGAGCCAGAGUAUGUAGCCUGCAGGAUCAUAGAUGCAAUUCGAAAGGAAAGGAUGUAUCUGUUUAUGCCUCCAACUUUACACCUUUGUGGUUUGAGAACUUUAAUUCCCAGAAAAAUCAUACUGCUCCUGCAAUCUUACCUGGGGGUCUACAACAGCUGGGACAAGGUCAUAGGUCGGAAGAAGAAAAAUUGAAGCCAUAAUAUUUUCAAAACCUUA